AUGAAGUCGGCGUUUAGCACUGCCAGCGUGUGGUGUGCGGUGGUCAGCUGUAUUAUCGCGGUAUGCAUGGCCAUUGACGUACAAACACCACCAUCGGGACGUAUCAGCGAUGGACAGGUUGCGGCUCCGGGACAGUUUCCCUUUGUCGUCGGCAUCCUUAUUUCGGGAACAUCCAGCCGAUCUUUCUGCGGUGGAGCCCUGAUCUCACGUCGAUUCGUCCUCACAGCGGCGGCCUGUGUACAGGGAACCAACUCGUUCACCGUGCUGCUAGGGGCAACGGACAUGACCCGUAUCGAGCAGAUCAUUCCGGUGCUGAACAUUCCCUCGCACAUCAUCGUCCAUCCAGGAUAUAGCUCCCUGCUGAAUCGAGACGACAUCGCACUGGUUCAGCUGUCCCACGAGGCUAACCUGACUCCAACCGUGCAGGUGGCUAACUUACCGCGUCGCUACCAUACGGCGUUCACGUUCAACGACUGGCCUGCGACGGUAGCCGGUUGGGGUAACACUGGAAACCGUGACAACGAGCCGAUCCCGCUGCAGCGGCUCCUGUUCGCCACCGGUCCAGUUGUGUCCAACUUUGUCUGCGGCAUUUCGCACAGCUUCAUCCGCGAUGGCAACAUCUGCAGUUCGACUGACAACGGUGGACCGUGCAAUGGUGAUGAAGGUGGUCCAGUUUGGGUGACGGAAGGGGGCGAAACGUUCAUCAUCGGUGUCCACUCGUUCCACUACGAUGGAUUGUUUGGCUGCGAUCGCGGCCGAUCGUCGGUCCACACACGCCUCACGGAAUAUCUGGAUUGGAUCCAAGCCAAUACCGACGUCGUCAUUCGUGCGUAA